AACCUUGGCCGCGGGAGUAUUGAUCCGGACACGCACAGCCGCGCCCACACCUUUCCCGAUGGUAUCGCCGGUACCCGCUGUCGCCUCCAAACAGACCGCAAUAAAAACAACCCUCACCUCAAUAUUUAUUUUUCGCUCUCGUGACCGGCGCGGCGGAGAUUAUCAUUACUACUUUCGUGCGAUUUAAUUGCAUUUUAGAUUCGGCCUCAGCUCGUUCCGAAUUAAAAUGUAAAUCACGAUCGAAAAUCGAGCCGAUAGAGUUCAAGUUUGCAUAAUUCGGACUGAGUCAGCUUACGUUUUGCGGAAUAUUUCAUCGAAGCAAAGAUCGAUGCAUCGUCAUUUCGGGGUAGUCUCGAAUUACUCCUGAGAAUCCGAUGAGAAGAAGAGAUAUAUCGAUUUCUCACCACUAAUUUCAGUUCGAUCCGGGAGAGAGGAGAGAGAGAGAGAGAGAGGAAGCUUAUGCCCAUGUUCAUCCACCGCGUUCGAGAAAGCGUGCCUUCGCCUUUUCCUGUUUUGUAAAAUUAUAUCUGUUGCCUUUUUGAUAUCUCCCUCUCGUUUAUGGCACUGGGGGAACGCGAAUGAGUGCACGUAACCACAAACAAUCCUUAGUACAUCGGACAUAACCAAGAAAGAAUGUCACUUCUGUUGGGCACCGCGGAAUCUCUCUAUUUGAACGAAACGAAAGACCUGUUUCUUCCCAAGGACGAAAAUGAUGACUACGAUUUUAAGUACAUACCUGCAAAUCAUUUUAAGUACAUAGUAAAAGAUGUACGCAGACAGAGGUGCAGAGAGGAAGAAGAAAACGUAUGGGCCUCUUUUGUCAAGCAACAAGAGUUAAGUACCAUGGCAUAUAAUAAAAAUGGUAUUCAACCAUCUAUCCAAAGUAUCAAGGAAUUGUUGGAUGAGGGUAUAAAAGAAGCGGAUAAAGAGCUUAAAAGACUAGAGACAGAUAUAUUGUCCGAUGAAAUAAAACAGGAACAUAGUGGUAGAACUGAAAAUAGACAAAGGAAGAGAUCAGAGGUCAAUAAUAUCAGGAAUCAGUCUUCGAAAAAGGUGCCAAUUACAAGAGACACUGGAACAGGCAGCACCAAUCUGCUGCUCGCAAUUCCCGAGGAAGAAAAUACUUCCGCUUACCGUGGGAGACAAGAGGCUGGAAAUUUUAAAUCAUACACGAAAAAGUCUUGCUCCGGUCAUGCUGUAGCGCGGAAGAGACAACAGUCGUCGAAGCGGCUUAUUCAUGCGACCAAUGGUAUCGAGUAUAACUCCAGUCCUGAGAGCAGCUCACGUCGAGACGACGCGAACGGAGUUAUUUACACACGGCCGGAUCCAUUUAUCAUGCAUAAGAUCCUAACGAUGCAGAGGAAGGUCUGCGAACUGCUGGACGAGAUCGCGCUUCGGCUGGGAAAUAUUCCGGUGCCGGACGGCAUUAAGGAUCUACAGAGGCGGCAGCAGUGCGUCGCGGAAUUCGUCGUGCGGUUCUCGAGAAACUACUUGUACGAUCUUAACAGAUACGUCAAAGACAUCCAGAGGCACAUGUGCAUCAUCUCGCCGCGAGCGAGAGUGAAGCCGAAUCAGAGAAGCCUGGGACUCCACAUGCACGCCAUCGAGCACAAACUACUUGCCGCUCAUCAGUUACUGUUGCAUGCAUUGGUCGCUUACUGCAAACACAUUCCUAGCUCGAUACUCAAGGGAAAUCCCGGCAGGUUUAGGGAAAUACUUCAAGUGGUUAUCGAUCUGAAGACAAUGUGCGACAGGCUUCACUUAAACACGAAUUAUCUCGAUGCAGGGGACACAGAUAUCCUGAUACUGGGGAAGGAUAUUGAAAGCAAGUGUAAUGUCAUUUUAUCAAAGUUAAAGUUGCAUUCGGAUAAUGAUCUGCUCGACAGUAAUAAGACGUCGUCGAUGGCGUCUUUCACCUCGCACUCGGCAAACAAUAAGAAGCGUAUCAAUCGUAAACAGUUGCCUAAUCGACUGAGUAUGUACAGCGCGGAUACCAAAGCUCCCAAAAGUAAUCUUAAACAGAGAAAUUACUAUCGUCAGAAAGAUAAAAAAUAUAAUAGGGUAGACGAUAAGAGAGUUUCUAAUGAGCCAGUAUCAGCGGGCCAGCCAUAUCCCAGCUCUGUAACGCUCGUGCCGAACGAGAACGCCAAUCAAAGUAGAAUUAGAAGGCACAGAGCAUAUGCAAAAGAAGAGGAUAUAAAGACUAUGAUGGAUAUGAUGUUACUUGCAGAUUCAGAUAACGGUAGCAACUUGGAGCUGCAAGAAGGUCAGGAUAACGCAAUGCUCACGAGGAGGCAGCCAAAAGCGUUGAGAAAAUUUCCCGACAAGCUGCAAUGCACAGAACAUUCUGAAACUAUAGAACAUAUUGUCAAGACCACUUCUACGAAUAACGAUGACGAACUGGUGAAAAGGGUGACGAUGAUCACUGAGGAGCACUUAUCCAACUUAGUGCCGGUUAUAGCAGACUUCAUGUCUUUUGUUUCUAAUAAGCAAAGCGGAUCAGAGGCGAGACCCGUGUCGGCAGCCUCUACAAAAACGUUGAUGGAAUUUCUGCAGAGAUACCAGUCACCGAAGAGCGCGAAUACAAAGACUAGCGUAGCUACAGGCUGUGACGCGUGUCAUUCUCCCAUGGUCAGCAGCUGUGAAUGCGAAAAUAUCAAAACAAACAGGGCAACGAAUGAAACGCAGAAGAGUGGACGGAACAUGCGACUGAUUUGUUUGUCUUCGAUGGACGAUGCAUCGAAAGAACCACGCGAUACGUUGUGUCAAGAUAAUUGCGAGAGUUCAAAGGAACUGCCCGAUUUUGAGACGAAGAUGAUGGAAGCGACACGGACAAGGGUAACGGACACGUCGUUUAGUAACAUCGAGCUUGUUGUUUCCGAAGAAACUGAGACGAACUUCCUAAAGUAUAAACGUGAAUAUCAGCGCUUGAUGCAAUCGAUUCCGAUGUAUUCCAGCAACACACAAAAUAAGCCGUGGGACAUUGUGGCUUGGAUAUCUGAUAAGCUCGUAGACGAGCUUAUAACGGAAAUUGCAAAAGAGCUGGAAAUGGAUGACGUUAUACAAAAGCUCUUCGAAUUGGAAUUCCAAGAGUUCUAA